CACAAAGAAACAGACAUUCUCACACUCCAGUUAAAAUGUAGAUUAAAAACGUGUCUUAAAUGUGUUAUUAAUUAAAUGUGUGUCAUUCCUUUAUAAACGAUUACUGAAUGCUGCUGCCCUCUAAUGGUGGCAAAGUUUCCUACACGUUUCCUUUGUGUCACUGUAAGCAAAAAAAAACUUUAAAAAAGUUUUGAUAAUCUCUGUAAAGAAACAGUAUGUACAUACGUGCAAUAUGCAAUAUACAUGCGUUUAAAUGACUGUCUUAUAAGUAGUUCGUAUCUUUAAGGCUUCCUUAAGCAGGAUAACAUUUUACCUCAGUGAGUGAUUUCUCACACACACACUGACGCUAGUGGGAGGUUUCAAUUCAAGUCAACUCAAACCGGGACUCAACGGGACCCACAAGCGCACUUUAAAACCGCACGAGCCCGGGACGCUGCUCACUUUACGAUGAUUUUAGUCAAAUUCGUGUGCGCGAUCAUAACCAGGUCAUUGUUCAUCCUGGUCUCUCUCAUCGGCGUCUGGAGAGUGAAAACGGUGAAAAAUGACAACAUGUACUGGUUACUUACCAUCCUUUACCUUCCUCUGGUCGUGGAGAUGAUCAUCACUUUAAAACGAAGGAAAGGGCAAGACUACAAAUGGUUUUCUCCAGCCAUCCUCCUCUUCCUCAUCAGUAUUAUUCCAUCUAUAUGGAUUCUGGAGUUACACCAUCAGGAGAACAAAGCCAGUGACCCACAGUGUAGGAAACUGGACUCUUGGGACAAUGUCAAGAGCAUAUUACCAUCUAACGGCACUAUGGGCAAUGCAACACUAAAGUAUCUGGAGAGCAUGCUGACCUCCGUCUGUGCGAAUGACUGGAUCCUUGCCCUUCAUCAGGUUCUACUCAUUCUACUCAUCCUUGGAAAGUGGCUCCUUCCAUUAGGGGGCGGAGUAACACGUGACGAGUUGUCACAGCUUCUGCUCAUCUUUGUGGGCACGGCAGCAGACAUUCUGGAAUUCACCAGCGAAACUCUGUCUGAUGUCAAGGAGAACAACCAUCAGCUGGUGUAUAUAAUCUUGGCAGUGUGGACGUGGAGCAUGUUACAGUUUCCUUUGCACCUCGCAGUUGUGACGUCCCGCCCAGAGAACACAGAUGAGCCCAAAGGUGGAGACGGCUGCUGUAACCUGAUCUUGUCGAGACACAGCACAGACAUUUGGAACAUCGUAGAGAGUUUGUUCAUCCAGGACGGGCCGUUUCUGGUAGUGCGUUUGAUUGUGAUGAUAUACUUUGAUGUUUUCCACCAGAUGCUGGUCUUCUUCGCUAUUAAGAACUUUCUAGUGGUGGUUCUCAACCUUUACAGGCUCAUCGUCAUCUGUCAGGACUUUAGACCAAAACCACCAUCAUCAUCUUCCUCUGUCCCGAUCUGAGGAAGGAGGAGUUCAAAAUUACCUUUUAACUUCUAAAAUACUGAUAGAGAUGCAUCCUUAUGGCUUUCAAACAGGAGUUUUAUUGUCUUCUUUUUGUUUUUUUAAUAUUUUUUAUGUUUAGUUUAUCAAAUUAAAUAGAACGUAGAAAUGCUUCACUAGCUAGCCCAACUUUUAUA